AUGUUUUCCCCGAGUUCUUCAGUUCCCUACCAGGUCCUGGGUGGCCUCGCUGUUCUCUACGUCUCGUGGUCGUUGCUCAAGUUCUUUGGAGGAUUUUGGACGCCGAAAGGUCUUCGUAAUUUGCCUGGACCUCCUGCGAAAUCCCUCUUGACAGGUUCUUACAACGAUAUCUACGACAAGAACGGCGGAUGGGAGUUUCAUCGACAACUCGAAGAUAACUAUGGCUCUGUGAUCAAAAUAAAGGGUCUUCUGGGGGCAACCUCGCUCUAUGUUUACGAUCCGUUAGCCCUUCACCACAUUUUGGUUAAGGAACAACAAUUCUAUGAGGAGAGUCAAGACACUGUGCAAACGGCACGUAUGGUGUUCGGACCAGGAAUCACCACCACUGUUGGCGAAAGGCACCGUCUUCAAAGGAAGCUACUCACCCCCUCGUUUUCCAUCGCCCAUCUGCGUGAAAUGGUAAAUAUCUUCUACGAAGUUAGCCACCGCUUGCAUGCUAGCUUCCAAGAGCUCGGGAAGAAGGGUGACCAAGAGGUCGACAUUGUAAUGUGGAUGUCCCGCCUCGCUCUGGAACUCAUAGGGCAAAGUGGCCUCGGCACCUCGUUUGAUACACUGACCGCGGAUGCUCAGCCCCAUCCUUUCGGAGUCGCCGCGAAGGUGGUUUUCCCAUUGUCCUCGUCCAUCCCGCCCCUUCGACGGGUGCUCAUGCCACUGAUCGGCAAAUUCGAACAUUGGCCCCGUCUAGGGCGGUUCCUAGUCGAUUUGAUACCGGCCAAGUCGAUCAUCGAGCUCAAGUCCGUGGUAGACACCAUGAGCAAGACUGCAGAAGAAAUUCUGGCGGAGAAGAAGGCGGCCAUCGCUGCUGGGGACGAGGCCGUGAAAGACCAGGUUGGGCAGGGCAAGGACGUGCUCAGUGCUUUGUUGAGAGCGAAUAUGUUCGCCCCAGAGCAAGAACGGAUGAAGGAAGACGAACUGCUUGCACAAGUUAUCGGGAUCACGUUUGCCGCUGUCGACACGACGUCGUCUGCCCUCAGUCGCAUUCUAUAUCUGCUCGCGACGCACAAGGACGUCCAGGAUAAGCUUCGCCAGGAAAUUCGAGAUGCAUGCAAAGAGAAUGGUGGCCUCGACCCGGAUCACGACACGCUCGUCGCCCUUCCCUAUCUCGACGCCGUCUGCCGUGAGACCCUUCGCUUGUACGCUCCGGUGACCAAAGUCGACAGAGUGACGAUCGCUGACACGAUAAUACCAUUGAGCACCCCCAUCAAAGGCAUUGAUGGCACCGACAUUCACUCGCUCGCGGUACCGAAGGGCACGCAUAUCUUCGUCUCCAUCCUAGGCUCCAACCGGAACUCGGACCUGUGGGGUCCAGAUGUACUGGAGUGGAAGCCAGAGAGGUGGUUGAAGCCUCUCCCCGAGACCUUGAUCAAAGCGCGCGUACCUGGAAUCUAUUCGCAUUUGAUGACAUUCAUAUCGGGUGGUCAUUCUUGCAUAGGGUUCAAAUUUUCCCAGCUGGAAAUGAAGUCGGUUCUUGCGACCAUCCUCAGGGACAUCGAGUUUUCGCUCGGGGACAAAGAAAUCCACUGGCAUAUGGGGCUCGUUACUACCCCAACGACGGAUAUCAACGGUGUCGCACCGACCAUGCCUAUGAAGAUUCGACACAUUGGAAAAGGAUCUGACUGA